GUUAAGGAGAAUUAAAAACUUUCCUGCUCUUUCUCUCUCUCUAAACUGUUAACUGCCGUACUUUAGCUUAAUGUUUUCUUUGCUGCUAAGCUUCCAAGAUUGUUAUGAUGGUAUCCAGAGCUUGCGAUUCACAUGUGGGAUUACAUAGUUCUUGAUUUACGAGCUCACGAUUUGCUGCAAUGUUGUAAGGUUUCUUUGUUCUCAGUCUUGUUCUUACGAAAUUUACAAUCUUUGCUCCUAGAUUUCUAGGGUUUGUAAAUUUUUGGGGGAAGUUUCGUUCGCUGUUCUUGUUUGCCAGUUGUGGUUCAUUUCUUCCUGGAAAUUUCGUUACUAUGUUCGUUCUGCUUAAGCGGUGAAUCAGAUCUGUUUUUCUGGGUUCUUUAUGCUCUGCUUAGUUGUUGAAUUUUUGGUUGAGUUCUUCCAUUUACGUUCAUCUACAUACUUUGAAGAAUAUGAGUUGAUCAAGGCUUAUGCCAUAUUUCUGAUUACUUGUUGAAAAGAUUUUAUGAAGGCAAAUGCCAAAAUUGAUUUGAAGGCCAAAGCCAUAUAAUGUUUGUUCUCUGAAUGUGUUGAUUAUUAUCAAGGCCAAUUGCCAGGAUUUUAUAAGAUGGCUAGUUCACAGUUCAAAGUUGAAAGUAUUUUGGGGAUGUUAACAAUUCGGCUUGGUGAUACAAAUUAUUCCAAAUGGGCAUAUCAGUUUCCAUCUGUACUCGGGGGAUAUAAAUUGUUUGAUCAUUUUGAUGGGACUUCAGUGUGUCCUCCAAAAUUACUCAUUAAUACUAAUACUGGAGUUACUAAAGAAAUCACAGUUGCUUAUCAGGAUUGGGAACAAACAGAUUUGACACUACUUAGUCUUUUAAUAGCUAAGCUUGGUCUAUGCUUGAGGAUAGGUAUGCUACUGUGUCUAAGUCUAGGAUUAACAUGUUGAAGACUGAAUUCCAGACAUUACAAAAGGGGGCAGAUACAAUUGAUAAGUACUUCUCUCGUCUUAAGUCAAUUCGAGAUCAACUUAUUACUGCUGGUGAAGUGAUUUCAAAUAAUGAUAUGAUCAUUGCUGCACUAGAAGGGUUACCAAGGGAGUAUGCCAUUAUAAGAACUGUUAUUUUGGCGACGGAGACGCUAUUUCUCUCAAAGAGUUUCGAGCACAACUUCUAUAUUAAAAGAGAUAUAGAUAGUCUUGAAAAUUAUUUGUAUAGUACUAUGGCAGCAAUGUAUAUGCAAGGCUCCUCUUCGCACAUUGGAUAUUCUGGUGCUUCUCAUGAUGGUUUUGUCGGUUCUUCUUCUCAAAAUGGUUAUUCUGGGGAGGGCAGUGGCGGGGCAUCGUCAUGAAAUCUUCCUUGAUCUCCUUCUUGGUGAGUAUCAAUGAGAACUUGGGCUUCUCCUCCUCAUUUUUCUUCUCUGAACCUGAACUCGAACUCGAAGCCCCUUUCACUAGCCUUGGCGACUUCACGCCAUUGUUACCCUCACUCCUCAACGGCAAGUAAUUAUCCUUCUCCUCCUCGAUUCUCAUCCCCUUAGCACCGCCGCCGCCGUUGAUUGGAGACUUGCACGCCGAUCACAAGUAUCAAUGUAUGCCGGCAUCGAAGCUCUCCUUCCAGCAUGAACAGAAGGUUGAAGAUGAUACCAAUUUAUUUUUUAAUAUCUGUGUGAUGCCCAGUUACUGUUCACGUGGUGCGUAUCAUUAGUUAACCGAAGUUCUGAUAGAAAAUUUAAUGAAUACAUGAAAUGUUAAAAAUCAAGAUUGAGAUUAA